CGUUCAAGUAUAAGACCAAAGAAUUGACUUUUGUUAAGAGCUUGUGGGCAUUAACUGCUUCAGAUUUAAGUUUCCGCGAUGUCCGUGUGCAAUUCCAUGAGAAUUCAAGUCUUGUACUUGUGAGAUCUUGAGUGCGGUGAGUAGCGUCAAGUGAGUGUGCGUUAACAUUUACUCAUGUCUGCUAGAGUGGCCGCGAGUGUUAGCUCUCUCCCUCCGAGGGGCUUGGAGAGGCAGGGGUCUGUGCCCCCUUUGAGUGGCUUACAGAAACAGGGGUCUGCGUCCCAGAAACAGGGGUCUGUGCCCCCUGUGCCCCCCUUGAGUGGCUUACAGAAACAAUGGUCUGUGCCCCCUUUAAAUGGCUUACAGAAACAGGGGUCUGCGUCCCAGAAACAGGGGUCUGUGCCCCCUUUAAAUGGCUUACAGAAGCAGGGGUCGGCGCCCCCCUUGAGUGAGAGGAAAGAGCCCCCCAACCUCUUGGUGUGCCAGAGCUGGUGGAAGAACUGCUUGGUGCAAGGAGACCAAUAUAAGAAGUACAAACAGCUUUACUCCAAGACUACGAAGCUAACGACUCUUCUCUCCAAGGAGAAGAAAACAAACAGUUCUAUAGCUGACAACAAUACUAAUGGGAACUGCAAGAAUAGUGAAGGUAAUGAUGACAAUGACGAUACUGAAGAGGAAUGCAUUAUCCAACUGCCCAUGGUAUUGGCUAAUACCAUACCUGUGAGUUACCCAGCCACUGAACCGUCAGUCCGGCACAAUAGACUCCUUGGCAACAAAGGACCUUUGGACCAAUCACUCACCGAUACAAGGACUCCCUUGAAUUAUGAGUCCUUAGGCCUACCUUCACAUAGUCAUGAUAAAGCCAGGUCUAGGCCUGCUGGAAAUUUCGGACGGAGGAACGAACGUCUUCAGCAGCAGAAAAUCUCGGCUAAUUUUCCAUCCAGUAAACCUGAUCUCUUGAGGCAUCCACGAGUCGUUCGUCGACCAUGUACAGGAAAAGUGUGCCGCAACUGCAAGUGUUCUCAAGACCACCACACGCAUCCUCCCACCUGCCCACGAUCCAAUAACCAAGCUAAUCUAAUCCAAUCAUCAACCACGCUACCCAACCCUGUCCCCAACUCCGCUGGGGUAGUUCCCGACCUAACUCACAGACCCCAAUUCCCCACCUCGCAGCCUCAAGCCGACACCUACCAAAGUUUACCCGUUGUGUCCAGUGCUGAACAGUCGCUCUAUUCUUCUGUACACCGCACCAUACCUGCGGUGAAUCAACCUGCCUUGCUUCAACAGUCCAAUCACCUUAAUUCUACACAACAUCAUCAACCAAAUCAUACUUCUAAGCAGCAUCAGUCACGAAAUCAUCAUAAUUAUACUAAAAAUCAUCAACCUAAUAACAACCCAACCCAGCAACCCAACCCAAAUCAUCCCAACCUAGCAGAACAACAGCAACAUAAACAAGUUUCCGCAAUGAAUAAGCAAAAUAUCCACUGUCAUAUACCUCAGCAUCAGCUUUCGAAACAUGAGAACCUUCAUAAGGAUCAACAAAUUAAUUACAGAAACUCAGUCAUCAAUAAACAAGUUACUCAUCUUGACACCAGAGCCCCAAAUGCUCCCAUGAUGAACUCGAAGUUUUCUGUCCCUGUUCCUCAACAAACUCAGCCGCCGAACAUGGCGCCUCGAGAGCGGACCAACCUUGACAUGCACACGAACAGUGGGACGUUAUACUCUUCUGUUCCGUGCUCUAACGUUACUGCCAGUGUCAGUAAUUCCACGGAACUAAGAAAUCCGGGUCAUCAAAAUGGCGUUUGUAAGAGCAAAUCAAAUUCGAUAUCGGAAAACUCCGCUCCUACUCCGUCUUGCACUCCCCCGUUGAUCCAAGUCUCGUCAUCCUGUACAGUUUCUGAUCAAAAGUCGAAACUUUUCCAACCACUUCCAGCAGCAUCGAGUUCAGCGCCAGAUCCUUCCCCCGAUAGAUCAAAUAUUCAUUCCUUGAACACUCCCGCAAUUGCUCAAACUAACGCUUCCACGACUCCUUCUUCCAGCCCCAUGAUCCCCCUUUCCAACUUCUCGACUCCUAACACAACUAACACUUCCACUUUUUCUUUAUCAAACACCUCCACCGCUGUUCCUCCAUACAACACCCCAACUCUUCCUCCAUCCAACACUUCUAAUUUCCUCCCAUCCAACUCUGCCCUUCCUUCCUGCAACACCUCCACUCUUCCCCCAUCCAACACCUCCACUCAUCCAUCAUCCAACAUCCCCACUCUUCCAUCAUCCAACACCCCAACUGGUCUACCAUCCAACUCCUCCUCUCUUCCACAAUCCAACUCCUCUUCUCCUCCUUGCAACUCUACGAGCACCAUCCCUCCUCGUUCAUCCAUCAUCCCGAUGGCCAACGGCCUCCCUCCUCCGACGAUCCACGCGCCGCCGAAGAAGUCGUUCGGCGCGUCGCUGGGCAGCGCCCUGAGUGGCGUCCUCGGCAGCAUCGGCGCCGAUCACCACCGGCACAGCCACAGCGACGACGACUCCGGCUGUGCGCUGGAGGAGUACACGUGGGUGCCUCCUGGCCUCAAGCCCGAGCAGGUUCAUUUGUACUUCUCAGCGCUGCCUGAAGACAAAGUGCCUUACGUGAAUUCUGUGGGGGAGAAGUACAGAAUCAAGCAACUGCUGCACCAACUGCCGCCCCACGACAACGAGGUGCGCUACUGCAACGGCCUGUCGGAGGAGGAGCGCCGGGAGUUGCGGUUGUUCUCUGCGCAGCGCAAGCGCGAGUCGCUGGGCCGCGGCUCCGUCAAGCAGCUGCCGCUCAGCCUGCCGCACGACAUGACCUGCGCACAGUGUCAAGAAGGCGUGAGCGGGGGUGACAUCGUAGUGAGCGCGGCGCGCGCGGGUCCCAGCACGUGUUGGCACCCCGCGUGCUUCACGUGUUGCGUGUGUCGCGAGCUGCUCGUAGAUCUCAUCUACUUCUGGAAGGACGGGGCGCUCUACUGCGGUAGACAUCACGCCGAGAGCCUCAAGCCGCGCUGCGCCGCCUGCGAUGAGAUAAUUUUAUCGGACGAGUGCACGGAGGCGGAGGGCCGCGCGUGGCACAUGAAACACUUUGCGUGUUUCGAGUGCGACGCGCGCCUGGGGGGUCAGCGCUACAUCAUGCGCGACGGUCGGCCAUAUUGUCUGCACUGCUUCGACUCCAUGUUUGCUGAAUAUUGUGACACUCACACCUGCCAGUCUUCGCUCCUUGGCCGCCCCUUCCUGCCACGCCGAGGUUCCAUUUACUGCUCGAUUGCCUGCAGUAAAGGAGAGCCUCCUACACCGUCCGACAGUAAUGCCAACACUCCAGUCGCCAGCAAACCUAACCGCAACAAACACACCGCAAAAAACCCGCGAGUUUCGGGUUACACGUCGGAUUCGACCGUAGCUUCUAAUUCUCUGUAUCCCAAACCCAAGAAAGGAUUUGCAUCGGAUGCUAGCAACUCGCCCUCCCCCCGAAUUAGUCGUAAAGUUCACAACACACAAACUCUUCCAAUCAAUUUGUCGAAACAGAAAAAUGAUCGAACACGACACAGAUCCUCCGAUACUUCAUUUGUCGAAGAAAGUUCUGGAUCGGAGAUGCCUCGUCCAGAAGCAUCAAGGAACGCGCGUCCCCAUCAUUCAUCUUAUUCAAAUCUUCUUGAUCAGAACACAGCGGAUGAAAAUGUCUACAGUAGCGUUGUCAACUCCGUUCCUGCACAGCGCAACAUCAGAGCUACAGGAUCACCGGCGCCCAGCAAUCGUUCCUCCAACUCGCCUUCGCUGACCAAAACUUCCUUCGACAAGAAAACUCGUCCUCUGCCAGAACGGCCUUCCAGCCGCAGUUCAAUUUUCGAUGGCGUUCAAAAUUCACCUCGAUUGACUUCCAGUCCUUCUGGUGAGCGCAACAGCAACAAAAAUAGAGUGAACGGUUCACGGAAUUCGUCUCCUCGAAUUAUCGACCGCAAUAGAUCGAUCAGUGAGGAGGGUGGGGAAGGCAAGAAUGUCGUUAUGGUUCGAUCUCCUAGAAUGAAUCACAUACCUCGUUCAUCUCCUCAGCUGAGCAAAAAAGAGCGCUCUUGUGAAAACAGCGUCGACGCACCUUCACCGUACGAAAGUCCAUCGUCCAAAGUUUCUUCGCAGAUGUCGCGGUCUUCCACUCCAUCCACUCAGGCUUGCGGGGACAUCGAAGCAAAUGAUGCUAAGCAUAAACUUAACGAUGGAAAUGCUGGAGCGCUUGACCGACUCGUGCUAGAAAGAUCUUUAGGCAAAUUUUUAACCGAGAAAGGCCUAUCAAUUCUGCGAGAGGUUGCGAACACGUCACCUUCUGUCCAACUAGAAGACAUUGUGCUCAGUCAGGAUGCUCUCACUCGUGCUUCUAGAAGGCAACCUCUCGAUCUUUCUGAUUUGUCUGACAUCAACAUUGACGCACUUCUGGCCGUAAACGACGUCAGUCAAGACACGGAGGCCGAGCUCGGCGGAUCAUCAAGUUCCAGUUCCCCAAACGCUGGCAACCGCCAACACAAACCUGAUAAAACGCCUCGACAACCAAGAACUGUUCGAUUUGACCCAAGUCAAGUAAACGCGAGUCAGGAGAAUCUCAAAUGCAACGGACGAAGAAAAGAUCACUCGGAGAGUUCCUCAUCAUCUGGGUCUGCACCCACGGCAUUCGACAUGAGUAGCGGCGAUCACGGCAUAAGUAAACCGCUAUCGAAGCGACAAAGCCGGCACGAAAGACACCGGCGUCGUAACCACAGCGGUUGUAAUGGGACAGUCCCGCGGUCCCAGUCGUACUCUGGGUCUGUAGCCGGCGAUGACGAGGGACCCAAGAAGACCACGUCAGUUCCUGGCCUGCAGAACUGGGAGGACAACGAGUCCGUGUGUUCUACCUGUUCUUCGUCGUCUUCGUCAGACUUUGACUACGAAUUGCCCCCAAGAAGAGCAUACGGAGGAGUCAGGAUUAAUUACGUGCCGAACGAUGCUUUGGCUCUCGCCAAAAGAGAGCAAAGUCAACUUACGGCCGACACUGCGGUUGGCAAUAGGCGUAGGAUUAACCAGGACAAGGAUAAGAACUGCAUAGUUUCGUGAGAGUUUGACCGAGUUUGCCAGGUCUGCCGCUUCCAUCAAGUGGGUUCGUGUUUCCUGUGUGCCUCUGCUUAACUUAGAAUGAAAACAAAAGAAAUCUGUUGACAAGUUGUUUAACGCCAAGCUUGAGUUGUAGUAAACACAAAUUGAGGUUCUGUCCCAACACCAAGCAAAAGUUGGAUGGUUUCGAUACCUUGUCACCGAAUGAAAAAAGUUAAGCAGUAAAGUCAAGUUACUCGCCUAUGUGAAAUUUAUUCAUCUUCAUGUCUUCCAACGUGUUGGGUCAACUUGCUCACGAACAACUAAUUUCAUUGGGAAAAUAAGAAAAAUUUAUCAGCCUUCGUCGCGAGUCUAAUUGCGGUGCACUUUUCGCUCGCUUUAUGGCAUGUAAAGAAUACUUGGAGCAAGGAGAGAAUAUGUCCCAAUAGCGAUAUAGUUUUUGCUCUUUGUAUGGGUUUUUUCAUCAAUUUGGAACGGCAUGACAACAUAUCAGUGCUACGUGCAAAAAGUGUCACAAUUUGGACAAUUUGACCGAUUCAUUUUUCUUAGCGAAGCGCUUGGCCCAGGCAUUUAUAGUGCAGCAGAUGAGGUGUCGUAAUACUAAGCUUGACGGUCAGUUCUUGUAUUUAAAGUCUUCCGUAUUAUUACACGCGCUAAUAAUACAGGAGGACUAUGAUGUACAGAGAACAUUAGACACGUUACCAAUACGGAACCGAAAAUGCAUUGCUGUUUGAACAGGAAAACCGCAUGUCUUCUCACCUUCAUCGUUGAACAGGCUUGCCACGAAAAUUUUGCUGAUAAAACUUUCGUAGAUUCUUCACUGCUAAAAUUACAAGAUAUUCAAAUACCUAUACCAUCUGCUGUUGGUCUGAUAGAUAAACCUGUCACACAUUUAUGUCUGUUGAAAUUACUCUGUUUUAGAGUCACUCGGGCCUCCCAAAUAACUUAUUGCUUUUGAACCAUCCGGCAAGUCAUGAGAAGUCCAAUCUGUUACAGUCCUGAUAUUAUUCCUAUCAAAAGCACUAGUUGACUAUCAACUUGUUUACCGAAGAUCAGUAACGUUUAGAGAAAAUAAUUAAUGAAUUAGAAAUUUUAAAUUGGAUAGAAUGUGGACUGAUUUACUGGGGAAUGAAAUGUUAUUAUGCAUAAAAUGAUCGAAUAAUCUCUGAUAGAACAGCCAAUUCCUCCGAGAUGAACACAUUCCUUGUUGAUGCUUCGUCAGCUGUGAACAUCUAACCAAACAAGUGCAAUGUACAAAAUAAAAAGAAGGUAAGAUUAAUGAAAACGAUAUUAAAAUAUAAGUGUGUAAUUAUGUAUUAUUUGUACGGCCUACAUGUGGGAUAUAUGGGCGACAUCAAAACAUGGAUUUUUAUUCGUACCUAAAUGUAAUUUCUUGUACAUACCGAAUGGCUACAAACCUCUGUAUAAUGUAAUGUUAAUAUUCAUACACAGCUGUGUAUAGCGAAGGAGUAUACAGCUGCGUACAGUUAAGAAGUAUACAGCUGUGUACAUUGUACAACCACGAGAUAUACAACUGUGUACAGCUAAGAGGUAUCCAGCUGUGUACAUUGAACCACCACGAGAUAUAUAGCUGUGUAUAGCUGAGUGAUAGGCAGCUCUGUACAACUGAAUAUGUAAACUGCUGUACAUGUACCCUGCUUAGCUUCAAGUACACUCCUAUUUUUGUACAUAUUCCUACCUAAAUACACACGUCUACA